CCCACCCAAAUCCCCCCUCCCUUAAUUCACUCCCUUAAAAUUCUCAUUCUCCUUCUUUCCGCAAAAUUCAAAAAAUCCUGUUGGAAAGCCGCUUUCCGUCUUCCUCCCCCUAUUUCUCUGAUCUUCGAUUCCUCCGCGUUUCCGAUCGCGAAGCCGGUGGAGUAAUCCGAUGACGGUAACCAUGGCGUUUCUGAAAAAUCCGUCGGAACUAGCUCUCCUGCUCAGGCGGUGGUUCUCGGACCUCGAUCGGAGGCUACUGUUGCUGAUUAUGUUCCCAAUCUCCCUGCUGCUCAUCGUCUCUAUGUCGUCGUCGUCCUCCGCCGUCGUCGGCCAUGUCCUGUCGAUUCUCGGCGGAUUCGAAUCGGCGCCGCCGCGGAAUGCGCCGGCGAACUUGGACGGGGCGAGGAUCGCGGUUUGCCUUGUCGGUGGCGCUCGGAGGUUCGAGCUCACCGGGCCGUCCAUUCUCCAGAGGAUUCUCAAAGUCUAUCCGAAUUCCGACCUCUUCCUCCACAGUCCUCUGGAUUCCAAUGCUUACAAGCUCUCCCUCCUCAGAGCCGCUCCCAGGAUCGCCGCCGUGAAAAUCUUCAAACCUGCGCCUAUCAACGCGACCGAGUCACAAAUCCGAGUUCUCACGGCCGCAAACUCACCCAAUGCCAUUCAGGGCUUGUUACAAUAUUUCAAUUUGGUCGAAGGUUGUCUUGAUAUGAUUCAAUCGUACCAACUAAAGAACAACUUCACCUACGAUUGGAUCAUCCGGACCCGCGUAGACGGGUACUGGUCCGCCCGCUUAAGUCCGGACCAUUUCAUCCACGGCGAGUACGUUGUCCCAUCCGGGUCAUCAUACCACGGCUUGAACGACCGGUUCGGCGUCGGCGACUUCAACACCUCCGUGGUAGCCCUCUCCCGCCUCUCCUCGAUCCCCCAACUCGCCGCCGCCGGAUACGAGCGGCUGAACUCGGAGAGCGCCUUCAAGGCCCAACUGACGACCCGGGGAGUCCGGUACUCGACCCGGCGGGUCCCCUUCUGCGUCGUGACGGACCGCGAAUACGACUUCCCUCCGGGCCGGUUUGACGUCCCGGUGGCGGCCAUUUCGAGCCGCGGCCCACUAAGCGGGGCAAAGUGCAGGCCGUGCACCGCGGCCUGCACCGGGCAGUGCGUGGCCCAGGUGAUGACCCGGCUCAACGAGGGCUGGAGCUGGACGGAUUGGGCGAACGGGUCGCUCCAGCUGUGCGACGCCCACGCGGAAUGGGAGGACGGGUGGGAGAAGAUCUUCGACCGGGCCGCCGGGAAGAAGCUCGCUUCGGCCCGGAAGCGAACCAAGGGCUUGGGGUUCGGGCGGUGCGUUAACGACUUUGAGGUGAUGAAACAGAAAACGGCUUCGUGGCUCGCUCCUUCCGGCGUCGACAUUUGCCGGCUCGGCUUACGGCCUGUUUAAGACUGGUUGGUUGACCUUUUCUGUACAGGGCUUUUGGCCAAGCUGUUAUGGGUUUUUUGUCCCUUUUGUUGGGUUGUAUCAACAAUAUAAAAGAAAGAUUAGUCUAUUAU